AUUUACAAAGAGGACAAUGCAAUUAUUUCCCUUUGUGUUUUCACCCCCUUGUCAAUCUGUUACACUUACUUGGCUCACUAAAACUGCAUGUUUAUAAUGUGGAAAAUGUUGACUGGUGAAUCUCAGCAGACAACUUUUUCCACAUUCAUUAGGCCAAAGGGCAGCUUUAAAAAUGAACCUAAUCAUUUUAGAAAUAUUUUAGAUAUUUUAAUUAAAAAACAAUUAAGUAAUACCAAUAUAAUGUUCUUUUGGCAUUUGUAAUGGUAAAUUAUACAAACAUUUUAUUAUGGAUGAAAUACAAUCAAUCCAUGAGUAACAUCAUACUAACGACUAACUGUAUACUUAUUCUAUCUCACUAAAUUUGAAAUUAAGUUAUUUUUACUUUGUUAAACCCAUUCCAUCGCAAAGUAUAUCCAUUUCAAGUUAAGUAUCACUGAAUGUAAGGCCCAAAAAGAUUUAGGGACCCUAAUAACUUUGUUUUAAAAAACUGUAACACAAUUUAUGGACUCACAAAGUUAGUAAAAAGUGAUAAUGGACACUAAAAUUUAAGUUUCACAGUCUUGGUUUUUGUAAUGGCUUCUUGUGUUCAAUGUUUCUAUGUAUUUAUAUCUAUUUAUAUGUGUAAAAAUUAAUGUCUGUGUGUUUGUAUCUUCUUUGGAUAACUACACCUUUAAUCCAGUCACCAUGAAAUUUUGGUAAAACCUUAUUUUGUGUUGAAAUUUAAAACAUUGGUAAGCCAGUUGUAUCAACAUUUUAUCUAAACUUUCUAAAGGCUAACAGGGCAAAUUUGAUUUUUGCAAAAGCAAGGAUAACAUAGAUAAUGUUCCGUAGGCCAUUAACAUUGCUCUGUGCAACCACCUCACCACAUAUAAGUAACAAAAUGAUAAUCCACCACCCCAACCUCUUACUGUUAUAUAUGUGUAUGAUCCUUAACUACUAAAACCAUUUUUAACCGUUUAAAAAGUAAUCAUCACCUAGUGUUUGUCAAAGAAUAACCAACAUUUCUUAAAUGUUUAAACAGGACUCAACACAAGAACACAAUGAGUUUAGUUGGAAGAUGGCCUCUUACUGUCAUCGUCUUCAUUGUUUUUCUGACCUCCUGUUUUCAUCCCUGCACACAAGAUGAGAAUAACGACUCUCCUCAACACCAGGCUGUUGACCCCAAUGAUCCUCAUGGUGGGGUACAGAUGGGGAGCUCUAAUAACUGUGAUGAUGGCAAGACAAACUUGAACAUUGACUGGGAUCCUUCAUCCACAGAAGAGUACACGUGUACAGAAAACAUAAGAGAACCAUCAAAUAAAGGUUUACAUUACUCUGAAUAUGAAGAGCAGCCACAGCAGCCUCGACAUAUUUGUUAUCCAAAUAAAAUUGAAUAUACAGAAGAUUUACCUACAAGUGGACCUCAUCGUCCAGUGUGGCCCAAAUAUGGAGAGUACAAGUAUAUUCCUGUCCAGCGAUGGUUGCACAGUUUAGAGCAUGGCGCCGUUGUUUUCUUUUACCACCCCUGUGCUGAUCCAGAUCAAAUCUUAGCCUUCAAAUACAUUGCCAAAGGCUGCCUAUGGAAACACAUUAUAACCCCCUACAAGAAGCUCCCACCCAACAUGAACUUUGCCAUCCUUACCUGGAGAAAUAAAUUAGUGUUGAGUGACCCUGAUGUGGAGUAUAUGGUCCCUUUCAUCAGGCAACAUGCAUUACAAGCCCCUGAGGGUCCAGUCAGCAAAAAUGGUGAAUAUGAAGCUGGACUCAUACAAAAGGCCCAGAGAGUUUCAGAUGAAAAAGAUUCUGACAUUUGUCCACAGAUGCUGUUGAUGCAGGAAGGUUUAGAAACAAUCAAGAAACACUCAGAAUUUCGCCAAAUGCAAGAUGAGAUGUCUCAAAUUAAGCUGAAAAAAAUCAUGGAUAAUAUUAUGACCAACUGGUAAAUAAGUAAAAAAAAAAACCACCAUUUUAAACCCUGGUAACUAGCUUUAAGCCUCUAAAAUUUUUUUUAAAUUGCCAAAGCAAAAUGUUCAAAAAUAUUUUAUAACCCUUCCAUUUUUAUUGAUCUAUUACUUUAUAUAACAUAAUAAUUUUUAAGUUUACCAGUGAAAUAGUAAACGACUAAAAUGUAACAGACAUAUUGGCAAAUCUAAAUAUUGGUGUUGUGAGUUGUUAAAACCAAAUAAAAAAGCAUUCAAGUUAUUUAUUCAGCUAAAUGCAUGUUGCCAAAUCCUUCCAUAAACCAUGAAGCUUUAAACACAGUUUCAGUAAGCUUAAAUUGUUUUUUAAUUGCAAUAUUUAUUACAGUAAAUGUUUCCAAAUACUUGUUUGCUGCUUGUUUAAUGUGGGUCAAAUUUAAAAUAUUUUAAAAUGUAUGUUUACAUAAUGCUAAGUUUUAAUUUAAAACUGCUAUAUUUUCACAAUCUAUUUGAUCUCAAAAGUAUUAUUCUUGUAAAACAAUUUACAAAAUAAAUUUUUUUACUAGAUCUAUACAUAUCAUUAAAGUUACUUGUUUUAAAGUUGUAUUUUUUUUAAAUGUUACUGUAAGAACAUAAUUAUUUAAAGUUCUUUAAUCACUACAAUAUUUAUUGACUUACGUAGGCUUUUUCAUACGUAAAUUGUAAUGAAACAAGAUUUUUAAUAUUGAGAUCCACAUUUUCAAAAUAAAGUAAAAAUAGUUUUUUUUUUAUUGUCAGUAGCAAAUUUUGUGUUAUUGUAAUUAUUUUUGAAAAAUAUUCCUAACAUGACCACUUUAGAUAAAUAAUAUGUAAAUGUACUUUAUUGUAUUGUACUUAUUUGCUAAAAUAUUUUUUAUGCUUCACAUUUUUUUUAAGAUCACUUAUAUUUAUAAUUCCUGUUGAUUUCCUUUACAGAAUGUUAGACUGGUGUAAUUUUUGCUUUAAAAAUUGUGAUAUCUUAAUGUCCAUUUCUUUUUUUAUUAUCAUAAACUACUUGAAUGUUGCUGUUAUAUUCUUUGGCCCAUGUUUGUGUUUUGUUGCUUUAUUUGUGUAAGAGUUGUGAACCUUUAAAACCCAACUCACUCUAUAAUUAUUUUUAUUAUCACUGCUGACAAAUAAAUUUGGUUUAAUUAACCAGCAGAUUUUAAAUCCUGCAGAAUAAUAUAUUUUUUUAUGUAUUACAAGAAAAAUAAGGAAAUGAACCAGCCAAAAUACCAGACCUUCAAUUCAUUAAUAGUGAAUCUCAUUUUAAGAAAAUAUAUAAAAUGUUAGCAGUUUCAUUUUUUAUAAGAAUUGUUUUGGUUGUUAUGAAAUAUGUAUUAAGGAUUUCAAAUUUACAUAUUGAAAUAUAGAUAAUGUAUUUUAAUUAAGUAGCCCUCCUGUACUCACUACAGGUCAGUUUGUGGUCAUGUCAGGUUUAUAUAUUUAAGCUGCAGGAAUUGACCUCCAGAAAAUUUUCAUUUAAA